AUGAGCGACGCGCUCGCCACUCCGGCCUCCCAACCGUCCCAACCCGCUGUGACCGACUCGAACUCGACCUCGAGUUCCGGGCUGGCGUCUGGGUCAAAUCUCAGAAAGGAGAGGGGAGCAAUCGCUGCACAGGCCUGCGAUACCUGCCGCAGUCGGAAACAACGAUGCGACGAGCAACGCCCCAAGUGCGGCACAUGCCAAAAGUUCCGCCUCGAGUGCAACUACCGAGAACCUCAGCCGACCAAAAAAGACAAAACCCUGGUCGAGAUACUCGAUAGGAUCAAGAGCUUGGAGGGCAAAAUUGACAAGCUGAGCCAAAACCCUGCUGUCGCGCCCUCGUCUCCGCCGUACCCGCUGCAGACAAGCUCAGUCCCGUCGCCGCUUCCCAGCGCUCAUUGGGCUCUGGGUUCGUCUGUUUCCGCGGGCGGCGCGUUGUUCCAAUUCCCCGAGGCCACGUCUGUCACAUCAGAAGACGGCCAGUACCAGUAUGUUUCGUCUGUCCACCAGAUGCUCAAAUGGCCCGCGAUACAGCAGCUUUUCGCGUCCGUGCAGGUAAAGUUACCGACCAUUGAUCUAUCGGUUCUCGAACGCGAGGGGCCCGCAAGUAUGCUCGCCUUUCGCCGCUCCACCCUCCAGAGCUUGCCCACAGACACUCAACCACCUGUCAGAACCGGCUCCGACAUAAGCUUGCCCGAUGACACCACGUCCAACGUCCCGAACACCGUGGCAAAUCUGAACUGGGAGACCAUGCAGAGGCUGAGUAAGGCCUACUUUGACACGUUCAACCUUUUCUGCCCCAUUCUAGACCGGCAUUUGUUCAUGUCCAGCACAUUGCCGACCCUGUUCAACAAUGGCUUCAGCAACAACAUGGAGUCGACCAUCGCGUUUCUGGUCUUCGCCCUAGGAGAGGUCGCCCUGGCGGGCUCCGAUGGCCCUCCAGUCCACGCCUAUAGUGGCCGCCCAAGUGGUAUAAAGGGUGGAACCAAGGACAGGCCGCCGGGGUUGGAGCUUUUCAACGAAGCAAGACGGCGGAUGGGCUUCAAUCUGACUCAAUCCAGUCUCGAGAAUGUCCAGAUCUUCGAACUUGCAAGUCUCUAUUACGGGACGUGUUUCUAUCACUUGGAAUUCUGGAGGAUGAACACGCUGGCUUCUCUGGCCUGCCAAGCGCUUGUCAUGAGCUGUCCCGGCGUGCUCUCCUCCGGACAAGCAGAUUUGACGCGGAGAGCAUCUUGGCACUGCUCCAUCAUGGAAACCUGCCUCUACCUUGAGCUGGGAUUCCCGCUCACAAGGCUGGAUAAGGUUGAAUCCGUCGUUGGGCUCCCCGAUUUCAGCGGUCCAUUCUCCCAAGACGACUACAUCAGCAACCAGGAAUCGCAUUUUCAAGAGCAUUUUGCCUCUCAAAUUGUCAUACGUCGACUGCUGGUAGACUUCCACAGUGUCCUGAGCCAAGGUAUGUCUGGCAUUGGUCAGAUUCAAAUCACCAGUCCUUUCAGCCCGGCGACAAGAACAACCGGCCCAGGAGUGAGCCCAACCACGAUCCGCCAGCUCGCUCUCCAGCUAGAGCAAUGGCGCGGCAUGCUCCCAGCCCAUCUCCGCUGGCAUGAAGACGCCCCCGGCGCCUGUCCCAGCUCCAAUGCAAAUCUAUACUUCACCCCCGCGACGACCCCAGUCUCGCCGACCGUGCCCACAACAGCAGGCGCCCAACCUGCCGCCCCGGUCGUCGCUGCCCCCAGCCCCCUCAUGUUCACAACCGACCUGGAUGUCCCUCCGCCGCGGUACCCGUACGUCCUCGACGUCCAGGUCGCCCUGCUCCGCUCAAAGUACUACUACACAAAGUACCUGAUCCACCGGCCGUUCCUGUACAAGGCCCUGCACCAUCCGGACUCCAUGGCGCACGAGGACGCGGUCGGCGUGGCCGAGUGCCUCAAGGCCAGUCUGAAGUGGCCCGUCGCCAUGUCGCCGACGUGCCGCCACAAGAGGCUGGUGCCAUGCUCCUUCUUCUUCACGCAGAACUUCUUUGGGAUUCUGGUUUUGCUGCACCUGAGCAACACGGUACCAAUCCUCAGGCGGAUACGGAGCACGCUGUGCGGGGAGCGGUUUGAGCUGGACGCGAGCGAGACGGUGGCAUUGUAUUUGGAUUGGCUGAGGGAUCUGAAGGCGGUGGAUGUUGGGACUGAGUGGCAUUGGGAGGUUAUUCGGACGGUGUAUGGGCUGGAGGAAUAA